AUGAUCCGACGCACCUUCUCCAGUAUUACUUGCAUGGACUUCCAAAUACUCUAUGAGGCCUACGUCAGACCGCUCCUGGAAUACGCCGAAAGACGCGCGAAAGACUUCACUCUGAUUGAGCAGGUCCAUUUUGCAGUUGGAUGUGAGCUUGCCUCCUUGUCAAUGCAGCCAUCCAUGAACCCACGUGGGUUCCAAUCUCUCGGUGUUUUGCCAGAUAUUUGCGAUAUUCUUAACAAAUUAGGCUGGUCAGAACCCACUCCGAUACAACACAAUGCCAUUCCAGUAGCUCUCAAAGAUCUGAUCGGAAUUGCGGAAACAGGCUCCGGGAAGACCGGUGCUUUCAUAAUUCCCAUUAUCCAACAAUGGAUUCUCGCCGGUCGUCCGCGUGGGUUCGCCCUUCUGCUUGCCCCAACCCGUGAGCUAGCGCAACAAUUGGCUACGGAGGCGUAUCGGCUGAGUUCUCCCCAAACGAGCUCCGUCAGCUCGGAUGAGGGUUUGCGUGUGGUGCAGUUGGUCGGUGGGGAAGAUAUGGUGGAACAAGCUCUGCGUUUGGCUUGGCACAAGCAUCACAUAAUUGUCGCCACACCCGGACGUCUUGUCGACCACAUGAAACAGUCCGCCUCGUUCACUCGUCAACAGCUCUCCCAAAUUCGUCAGCUGGUUUUGGACGAAGCUGACAGAAUGUUGAGUAUGGAGUUUGCGCAGGAUCUCGACACCAUUUUGAACGUGUUCAAAAGACCCAAUGCCGACAAGAAACGGCGGCGCAAGAGGAUGAAAAGUCGAAGGCUGCUGGAACAAGUUGCCAACACCGGCGACUGUCUCGCUGCUGGUCCUACCCAAACCGUUGAUUCGGAGAAGUUCCCACAUCCACAAACCCACCUCUAUUCGGCCACCAUGACCAGUGAUGUGGCGAAAUUGCGACGAGCUGCCCUAUCUGCCGACGCAUGUGUCCUUGGUGGGGACCAUGCUUCUAAGUGUGUGGAUGCUCAAACGAAAGAUCAUUCGCUUUCUAGCCAAGUUCGUUUCCCUCCGGGCCUGGUCCAUUAUUGUCUGCCUGUCCGUCUGGUUGACAAGCCAGCCAUUUUGAACUGGAUACUCGAAGGAGCCACACUUUCCAAGCUACACGAGGUCUGUCCAUCACAGCUUAUCGCUGAUCCAGUCUCAUUACAAUCGUGUUCCUCCACACGAACCAUUGUGUUUUGUAAACGCUGUCAGGAAGUUCGCCUGGUAACUGCUUUCCUUCGUGAAAGUGGACAUUGUGUCGUCGGUUUGACAGGUCGAAUGAAGCAGGUGGAUCGGAAGAACGCCUUGAAGGAGUUCGUCACGAGGAAUGCGAACAUUCUCGUCGCAACGGACGUUGCCAGCCGUGGUUUGGACCUCCCAGGCGUUGAGUUAGUGGUCAACUUCUCGGUUCCUCAAAGUGAGAAGACCUACCGACAUCGCGUGGGGCGCACAGCUCGAGCUGGUCGAUCCGGCAUCGCCGUCACCCUGGUCACUCGGGAUGUAGCCUCGGUUUUCCUCGACCUCGAAGCCUCCGUCGCGCCACACCUUCCCAAAACUGGGGCUGAUGAGAAAGACAAUAUCUUUCCACGUUGGCCUGUCCCGCUUCCACAACCGUCUGGAAAACAGGGAAUGCUUGUCCGACGGCGUCUUGCUGAUUUGGCAUGGACCCGAGCAGGAAAGAUCGUCAGAGCGGAGGAUAUGGAACGAAGAAGAAUGGCUGCUGACUCGCUUACGGAUAGUGACUCAUCUGACGUAUCGGUUAAUCAUGGUGGAUCUCUUGGCUCAUUUCUUUCGGCUAGUGAAUCCUCAGAGGAGGAAUUUGAUAACUUGAUCGUAUCAGUCCCGACGGAGGAGCCAACCGUGCACGAGUCCGUUGCUUUGAAUGUGUCCGGCGAAGCCGGAGUGCACAUGGCGCGCGCAUCCUGGAUAUCACUACACAAGGAGAAGAAACUCCGCAAAAAGAAGCGCCGUGUCAUCGCUGAGGAGAAACGUCAGGCAUCGGCUGUCGGUUGGGGGUUGGCCGCCGGUGACGACUUGGCGAACGACGAGGAGCAGGAGGAACAGGAUCAUCUGCGCUUCGAGGAAACUUUGAGAACGAAAUACACGAAGGCUGAGAAACCGAAUUCACGGAAACCGCAUGGCGCCAGAAAUGCUGUUUAGUUUUGUACAGAGACAUGUUCAGAAAUACACACUGAUUUUU